ACACUCUACUUAUGCAAGAAAGGAAAUCCUGAAGUCAGUGCACAGCCACAGAAUAAGUUCAUAUUGUAGAUCUUUCACAGUUGGACUUUAUAAAACAGAUAAAGUGUUCAUCUUUCAAGAUUGUUUUUUUCUAAGAUCUUAUCAACCAAACACUUCUUGGCCCAGAUACUGAGAAGAGAGAGCAGGGAGAGGAACACAGAGACAGAGAAAGAAAAGAACAAUGAAUUCCUCCGAACCUUGUGCAUCACAAUGUGCAGAGAAAAGAUACUUCUCUCACCAGGGCUUCUUCUGGUUUGGGGCUGGCAUCUCCAUCCUGUUGCUCACUGCCUGUUUUAUCACCCGUUGUGUCGUAACAUAUCAGAGCUUGCGGAUUUGCGGUGAGAAAAAGGUGCACCCACAAGUGUAUUUUCCAGAAAUUUCCUGCAACAACGAUGGGUCAGGUUCAGUUAAGAACUGCUGUCCACUGAACUGGCAACAUUUUCAAUCUAGCUGCUACUACUUUUCUACUGACCUUAUGACCUGGACAGCAAGUUUAAACAACUGCUCAGGCAUGGGGGCUCAUCUUGUGGUUAUCAACACGGUGGAGGAACAGGAAUUCCUUUACUACACAAAACCUAAAAAGAAAGAAUAUUAUAUUGGACUGUCGGACCAGGUGGUUGAGGAUCAGUGGCAGUGGGUGGAUGGCACACCUUUCUCUAUGAGCUUCUGGGAUACAGGGGAGCCCAACAAUUUAGCCACUCUGGAGGACUGUGCCACAAUAAGAGACUCUUUAAACCCACGGAAAAACUGGAAUGAUGCACCCUGUUUCUUCAACAUGCUUUGGAUUUGUGAAAUGCCAGAAAUAAAUAUUUUGCACUAAGAAAAUUAUCUAAGAACAGGAGGCACGGUUUAAAUCUGUAAUAAAGAGGAACAAGCAUGACCACACCCAUAAACCCUGUGAGAGAAUGUUCAGUAUACACCAUGAGGACUUCUUAAGUAUUUGGUAUUGUGAUAAAAAUAAAAUAAGUAGUUUUUAGUGUUAUAAUUCAUGA